AAUCUUGAUAAAAAAAACAAUUUUUUGUAAGUCAAAUCUUGAAAUAAUUACACAUAUAUCAGUUUGGUAAGUCAAAUCUUCAUACAAAUAUUACAUUUGACCAUAAAUAGACUAUAAAAGAGGUGAAAUGCAAUACUUAACUUCACCACUAAAGCAAAAGAACAUUUUCUUAGAAAAUGAAUUACAUUUCAUUUAAAGUUCUCAUAUUAGCAUCUCUUCUUGUCGUCGCCUUCCGACAAAAUCUUGCGGUUGGAGAUUUUUGUGUGACAAAUGAGGAAUGCAGGCAAAACUGCCAAUGUGAUGCAGCUUAUUGCGACAUAAGCCGUAAUAUUUGCGUGUAUAGGAUACAUGUUAUGGAUACAGUUGGUGUUAGUACUCUCAAUCAACCUUGUAUUCCAGAACAUAAACGUUGUGGUAGUAGAGCACCUCCACCGCGGCGAUUGAAAUUAUAAUGAUAAAAAGUCAAUAUAUAUAUAUAUAUAUAUAUAUAUAU